GACAAAUGUUGUCCAGUGGUCUUGAUCCAGACUUUGUGACCAUCAGGUAGGGGUUCUUUCCUCCACUUACCAGAACAUCCCAGACCGCUUUUGUUCUACUCAUCCUUCCAUCAUGGCGCCCCAGGUGCCCCAGUCCUACACGUCCCUCCCAUUGAGGCAUAUCAAAGUUUCUCACGUUCCCGAAUCGUCUCCUUCCGCCACCGAAGUUGUCUUGAUCACGUUGAAUAGACCUACAAAGCAAAAUGCCUUUACGGAAAUCAUGCGAGUGGAGAUCGAGAAAGUAUACGAGAUCAUAGAUGCUGAUGAUCGGGUCAAGGUGGUCGUGAUUACUGGGGCUGGGAGAAGCUUUUGCGCUGGUGCUGAUCUUGAAAUCGGUUUCCUGGGUGCUGAUGACGGCAAAGGCGGCACCAAGAAUGCAAAGACUGAGCGUGAUGUCGACCACAGAGAUGGUGGCGGACGAGCUUCUCUCGCUAUUCACCGAAGCACUAAGCCUACCAUUUGUGCCCUUCAAGGUGCCGCUGUCGGCGUGGGUAUCACCAUGUGUUUGCCAGCCGCAAUUCGAAUCGCAUAUGCCAAAGCAAAGGUCGGCUUUGUGUUCAGCAGACGUGGACUGAUCAUGGAGGCUUGUUCUUCGUUUUUCUUGCCUCGAUUGAUCGGCCACUCGAGAGCUCUACACCUGACCACGACCGGCUCAGUUUAUACAGCAGACAACCCGCUCUUCGGUACCUUGUUCUCCGAGACUCUCCCUACCCCCGAGGCAGUUCUGCCCCGAGCCCUCGAACUUGCCGACGAGAUUGCAAAGAAUACCUCAACGGUGUCGACAAAGAUGAUGAGGGAUCUGAUGUACAGAGGCCCUGAUAGUGCCGAGGGAGCGCAUCUCUUGGACUCACGGAUAAUCCAUGGAUUGUUUGGCAGCAAAGACAACAGAGAGGGAGUGCAGAGCUUCUUGGAAAAGAGACCUGCUAAAUUUACAGGGGUGGUCCCAGCGAAUGCUCCGGACGGCUAUCCCUGGUGGCAGCCUGUUGAUAUCGGUCCCAAGACGCUCGACCCAAGACAUGCCAAGUUGUGAGCGAGGAGAUGGCGAGCUAAGGGAGAUAAG